AUGUCUUCCCUGACAUCUGGAGUUCCGACGGCGUCUCUCCUAAAGAGUGCGUUGAGCAAGACCAAGACUGUCUUGGAGUCUACAUGUGAGCGCCAUGUUAGAAUAUCCUCCAUUCUAUCAUUCCUACGUGUAAACUCUGGAGAUUCAAAGUAUGAAUCCAUAAGUUCACAUAUCGGUAGCAUCUGUGGAUUCAAAAGGGAAACUGGGAAAAAGGCAAUCAGCAUGGCAGACUUUGAAGGUCUUUGUGAGGGAAUCAAGGACUUACGGCUGGAGGCUGAACCGCAGGUUUUAGUAGUACAUGGUUGGUGCAAAACUGUGAGAAGGCAAGACUCUGGACGUCUUGUUUUUGUCAUUAUAAAUGAUGGGAGUUGCAAAGCUAACCUUCAAAUUGUAGUACACGAGGGUGCAAAGGGCCACGAUCUCGUAUCAAAAUGUAAUUCUGGAGCAAGCGUCCGUGCAACUGGUUGUCUUGUAGAGCGUCCAAAUAUUCCAUACAGCACAGAAGAAUACGAAAGUCUGGAGUCAGUUUCUUCUAGAUUUGAAUUACACGUGAGCAAAAUGUCUGGACACUCCAUAGAAGUUAUUGGUGAAAAUACCCAACCAGGAAAAUAUCCAAUCGCAAAAAAAUACAUAACAAACGAAUACUUGCGAGAAGUUGCACAUUUGAGAGCAAGGAGUUACCUCAUUAGUGCAACUAUGCGUGUUAGGAGCGCACUUGCAUUAGCUACUCAUUUGUUUUUCCAACAAGCCGGAUGUAUGUAUUUGCAUACACCUCUUAUUACAACCGCUGAUUGUGAAGGAGCUGGAGAACUCUUCCAGGUAACAAAUGUAUUUGAUGGAGUGAAAACCUUGGGAGAGCUUGGAAAAAAGAUGGGAUCCAAUCUUAAAAAUGGUCUUGAUGCAAAGUUGGAAUUUAAGAAGGACUUCUUCAAAAAACGCGCUUUUUUGACCUGCAGUGGUCAAUUAUCUGGUGAAAAUUAUGCAUGCUCAAUGGGAAGCAUCUAUACAUUUGGACCAACUUUUAGAGCUGAAAAUUCGCAUACAAACCGUCAUUUGGCUGAAUUUUGGAUGAUUGAACCUGAAUUGAGUUUUGUCGAUCUUCCAAUGCUCAUGGAAACUGCUGAGGCAUACGUCAAAUUUUCUAUCCAAUAUGUAUUUGAUCAUUGCAUGGAUGACUUGCUAUUCUUUGAAAAAAAUGUUGAAGGAGGUCUUAUUGAGCGUCUCAAGAAUGUUCUUGAAACUGAAUUUGUGAGAAUAACGUACACUGAUGCCAUAGAUAUUUUACUACAACAUCAGGAGGAUUAUAGAAAGGGUGAAGUCAAGAUUGGUGAAUCUGCUGCAUGCAAUGAAUGUAAGGAUGGUUCUGCAGGUGAAAGCGCAUCUGUGGAUGCUUCAUCUCCGUUCCAAUACCCUGUAUCAUGGGGAAUCGAUCUCCAAAGUGAGCAUGAGAGAUUUAUUGCGGAAUCGGUCUUCAAAAAGCCUGUGAUCAUCUACAACUACCCAUCCAAAAUAAAGGCCUUUUACAUGAGAAGAAACGAAGACGGCAAAACUUGUGCUGCAAUGGACUUGAUUGUUCCAAAAAUAGGUGAAUUAAUUGGUGGAUCUCAACGUGAAGAAAGGUUGGAAUAUUUGGAAAAGUCAAUUGAGGAGAAUGGGUUGGACAAGAAGGAUUACUGGUGGUAUCUUGACUUGCGUACCUAUGGCUCAAUUCCUCACUCUGGAUUCGGUUUGGGCUUUGAGAGACUCAUCAUGAUGGUAACUGGAGCCUCCAACAUUAGAGAUGUCAUCCCGUUCCCAAGAUACGUUGGACAUGCCGAAUUUUAA